AUGUUUCCAGAGACAAAAAAUGGCUACACCUAUGAGGACUGCAAGGCCACUGCUGAUUGGCUGCUGGCCCAGACAGACGUCCGACCCAAAGUGGGCAUCGUGUGCGGCUCGGGGCUCGGAGGGCUGGCUGAAAUGUUAAAGGACCAGGUAGCCUUCAACUACAAGGACAUCCCCAACUUUCCACAGAGCACUGUGCACGGACAUGCAGGUCGGCUGGUGUUCGGCACCUUAAAGGGGAGGCCAUGUGUUUGCAUGCAGGGGCGCUUCCACUUGUACGAGGGCUACUCAAUCCAGAAGAUCACGCUGCCCAUACGCAUCUUCAAGCUGCUCGGUGUGGAGACGGUGAUGCUGACCAACGCAGCCGGAGGCCUCAAUCAGGACUUUAAAGUGGGAGACAUCAUGAUCAUCAAAGACCACCUCAACAUGCCGGGCUUCGCUGGCAACAAUCCGCUGUCUGGUCCCAACGAUGAGAGGUUCGGUGUGCGUUUCCCCUGCAUGUCCGACGCCUACGACAGAGAGCUGCAGCAGAUGGCCAUGGAUGUGGGACAGGAGCUCGGCUACGGAGACUUCCUGAAGGAGGGCGUCUACUGCGUGCUGGGCGGACCCUCGUUCGAGACCGUUGCUGAGUCCCGUAUGCUGUACAAACUGGGCGCUGAUGCUGUCGGCAUGAGCACAGCCCCCGAGGUGAUUGUGGCGCGUCACUGCGGCAUGCGUGUCUUCGCCCUCUCCUUGAUCACCAACCAGGCGGUGAUGGACUACGACAGCGCAGAGAAGGCCAAUCACGAGGAGGUCCUUCAGACAGGCAAGGAGCGAGCGGAGCAGCUGGAGCGGCUGGUUUCCACCAUGGUGACCAAGAUCGAGCACAACAACAACUAGGCCUAAAAGAGACGCCAUGCUAGUCAGAAGCUAGCUUUUAGCACAGUAGUAUGACUGACGAAGACUCAAAGUGGUUAUGGUUUAUAUUUCAUGCUAUUGUGCCUAAGAAAAACCCUCUUAGUUUAUUAUUUAGGCGAGCAGUUAGGGCUGUUUGUAGUUGUAGGUCAAAAGAUGAUACUAUUGUAGUCUUCUGAAGAAUCUCACUUAUAUACACAAAUACAGAACAGACACAUUUGUUUUCAUGUCACUGUGCCCCAUCUGACAUUACAUUCCUCUACCGAGCGGCUUCAGAUAAAAACAUGUUUUUGUAUCAUUUAAAACGAGAAAUAUUUGUUGUAACUUAAAAUAUGUGAUCAACUUGUAUAAAUGCUGCAAUUUAACUUAACAAUGAGCAAAAAUCUGCUGAAAAAUCUUAAUAUUAUGAUGUUGUUGAAAUGUGUACAUUAGUGGACUUUAUGUAUUUGACUGUUCUUGUUUUUUUUCAUAUACAUGUUAUUAAAGAUACUAUUUAUUACUAUA